UAGCUCAAGCUACAAYAAUUCUUCCAUAGUCUAGUAUUUCUUAUCGAUUUUACGUACUCGUGUACGUACUAACUACAGUCUUCUUGCAAGUAUCAGCAAUUCUAAUAUCUGUGUUCAAGUAUGAAUAUCAAAUUUCUGUUUUUUCUUUGCUUUAUGACGUGCCUUCUUCUUCCUAACGCGAAUGGAUGGCGAGUUAGACUGAGGAAAAUUCGCGUGCRAAAAAUUCUAAAACCUAUUUGUAAAGUGGUGUGCAAAGUAAARGGAUGCUCUUAYGUAACRAUAAAYCACGUCGCCAAGUACGUWUGYCAUCGUGCUUGUAACAAAAUAUGCAAGAAAAUUGGAGACGAACCGCUUCUGCAGGAUGAAUCUUCAGUUUUUGAGGACCCUAAAGGAACAACUACCAUGGAUUUUAUCGUUCCUCAGCCAUGGAAGAUCUCUCUCUACGACACCAAUAAAGACGGGCGAAUCUCAAGGGCUGAGUUCAGAGCAAAUAUGCCAAAAUCCGACCGAGGAGUCGACAAAAUCUUCGACGCACAGGACUUGAACGGUGAUCACCACCUUGACUGCAAUGAGUUCAAGCGUGCAAAACUAUACUUCUAUGAAAAGCCACAAUGUUAGAUAUAACCAAUUAAAACAAGACAAGCAAUUAUAUUCUAAUCACAAAUUUUAAAUAAAAUCAGUAUACAGCUUUUUCAGAAAACCAUUCAGUAGACCAUUUUGUUCACAAGUUCGCACUAUCAGCACUGCCAAACAAGUCUGUAGUAACAUCAAAGUCGGGUUGUCGUAUUUGCGUGUAGGACGUUACUUCCCUGUAUUCCAUGAAAUKCAUUGUGGAUCGUUGUAUGAAUACGAAAAGGGGAUUUCCUUGUUUCAGAGAGACUACACAGCUCUAUACUUUCGACACAAAGCAAUUUUGCUUAUAAUUGAUUGUCAUUUAUAACGGUACAUAAGAGGAUUCCAAUAGUAACAAUGCAUUUCGGGAUGGAAUAUGCAGUAUAAUUUUUUUUAAAAACUUUAUAAAUUCCAUCAUGAUUAUGAUUACAUAUUGUAUUAGUCUUUCAUUAAAUUAAAGGUUAAUAUAUACCUCU